CACUUGCAGCAGAAGUACAUGUACCAGUACUAUAAUACCAGAACGCCAAGUUUAUUAUGUUUUUUUCUGAAAAUAUAUGGGACUGAAUAGUAUUUAGACUAGGAUUGGAUUGGUACCGGUGCGGUAUAUGUGUGGUGCGAAAUAAAUAUCUAAUAGGGCUGUGUAUUAUUGUAUGGCGGACAAUAACGAGCAAGUAAUAGAAAAUGAUAGGGGUGAAGAUGAAGAAAACUUGAAUCAGGAAUUAACAGAAAAACUGAUUCAUUUUCAGGAAAUCACCAACAUAGACGAUCUGAAUAGAUGUAAAACUAUUUUGAGGCAACAUGAUUGGAAUGUUGAAAGUGCAGUCCAGUCAACAUUUCUUGAGGCAGGAAUGUCUAAUUCUCAACAGUCAAAUCUACCACCAUCGAUAUCUGCAAAUUCUGGUUUAAGACGAAGAAAUGUUGCCACCAUAUCUCCACCACUUCCAUUAAGAACUAAUUCUCAUACGACAUUGUAUGAAGCAAGAGGAUUACAAUUGAGGCAACCUCAGGGAAUAUUUGAAUGGGGAUAUUAUGUUUUAUCAAUGCCAUUCCGAUUUACAUGGUCAACGUUAUUUGGAAUUGUGAGGUUUUUUAUGCGUCUCUUUCUGCCUGACACGAGGGCAAGGCUAACAGAUCCUCUUGGAGAUGUAACAUCAUUUAUUACUGAAUAUGAAGAAUUAUAUGGUGAACGUCACCCAGUGUUUUUUCAGGGAUCCUAUGCAGAUGCUCAAAAUGAGUGUCGAAGACAAAUGCAAUUUUUAUUGGUUUAUUUACAUGGACCAGACCACCAAGACACUCCAGACUUUUGUAAUAACACUCUUGCGAAUGAUGAUGUUAUUCAGUUAGUUCAAAGGAACUUCGUUUUUUGGUCUUGUUCGGUAAAUAAGCCAGAAGGAUAUAGAGUGUCUCGAGCAAUGCGUGAAAAUACAUAUCCAUUCCUUGCCAUAAUUUGUCAGUACCAAGGAAAAAUGACAGUUGUUGGGAGAUUGGAAGGACCCCUUACUUCUCAAGAAUUAAUGGAACAAGCGAGUGCCAUUAUUGAAAGAUUUGAGCCAACAAUGAUAGCAGCAAGAGCUGAACGAGCAGAGCGUGAUAUGACACAACAAAUAAGAAGUGAACAAGAUGCAGCCUAUGAACAAUCACUUCAACAAGAUAAAGAAAAAGAAAAAAAGAAACUGGAGGAAGAGGAAUCAAAAAAGAAAAAGGAACAGGAACUAUUGGAUAAGGAGAAAAUGAAAGAAGAGGCUGAAAAUAGAUAUUUGCAAAGAAAGCAAGAAUGCAAGAAAGCACUGUCAACAGAACCUGACCCAAGCCAUUCUGAGGCAGUGAAACUAUUAAUUAAACUUCCAGAUGGUUCAAGAUUAACGAGGGUCUUUCUUUCUUCACAACCGGUUAAGGCAAUUCAUGAUUUUGUGUUUUCGCAAGAUAAUGCACCUCGUCAAUUUCAAGUUGGGACCAAUUUUCCCAGAAAAAUUAUUCCUGGGUGCUCAACUUCUGAAGUUCUGGAACACGAAGAAAUUAUGUCAUCGCACACCAAACCAAAAACUAUAGAUGAUGAGGAUGAGCCUAGGAACACACAAUUAACUAUCUCCGACGUUGAACUCAAAUCCUGUGAAAUGUUAUUCGUUCAAUCAAUAGAUGAUACAGAUGAUGAGGACAGUGAUAGGUGAUUGAAGGAAUAACAAUUUUGAUGAAAAUGAUCUGUGUAAUAAAAAAGAAGUACUUUUAGGUACAUUUUGGCUUUUAAUAUUUAGAUAUAAUUCUGCUAGGUAGGUAGGACACUACGAAAAUGUUGCCUGCAGUGAUACUCCCAAUAUUGUAAGAGUCAAGUCUAGAUAAGGUUUCUGCCCCUUAAAACAGACCCUUAAUCAGUCUGUAGGGCACUGUACUUUUCAAUAUUUGCUUAAACCGAUUCUGAAAACUUACUGUUUUCGAAUUCAGAGUUUGAUCAACAAACUGGUUUACUUUUUUCAUGUCUGGAUAUGCUGCUGUAUAAAAAGUGGAUAAAGCAUCUCCACAUGAACUGUUUGAAAUGUGUAUAAUCUAAUGCAACUUUGAAAUAGUUGAACUUGGCAAUACAGGCAUUCAUGUGAUAUAAAUUCGUGUAGGUUUUGAUAUAUUUGAUUCUAGUGUUGAUUUUCAUGGGUUGCAUGUCCCAAAGAUAUCUGGCUGUAUAAUGCAUAAUAAGCAUCCGUCAUAGUUCUUUCGGAUCAUCAUGAGAAAGGAUUUUGACGAUAUCAGUGCAUCAUCAUACAGUAUACAAGCUUUCUCUACCUCGCCUUGAAAAAUGUUUGGUUGCGUAGUUGGUAAUGUGCAAUAUAUAAGCAGUAAGCAUGCUCAUUUGCUCUAGAAAAGUUGACCAUUUGUUGUUUCUCGUUGUAGGCGUCGCCAAAUACAUGAUUCGCAAUUUC